GAGAAUGAUACACAUAGAUCAGAGCCCCCACCUCUGCUUCUGACGGACCUGGAAAUCACCAAGACGUCCAUAGGGAGCUUCAGUUUGCUUCAUCCCUGGAGUGAGUUAAAGGAUGAUACAGGACUUCUUGAAAAUUGAAGGGGCAGGGGGGGAUAUCAGGUGCUAGUAUGAUGGGUCUGCACGCUUGAAGUAAUCUGGAACGACUCAGGAUACUUCAGUACCCAGAGAACUGCAGGUAGUUAACAGAUCGUGGAGAACCAAGAUCCCGAGGUAGGGUUUGAAGCUCUGAGGGAGGUGUGAUCUGCGGGGGGGAAAAGGCAGGACCCGGGGUCAAGCAGAGUUUCGGAGUUCGGGUGAAGCUGGCAACAUGACAGGGGUGGUGUGGGUAGGGAAAGCCUGUGAGGAGCCAAGAGCUCUGCUGGCAGAGCAGACUGCACCUGCGGCCCGGCUUGUGGAGGGAGGGGCGUACGCCGGGUGAACGGAGCUCCCGCGGCCGGGGGGCGCACGGCAGCGCGGGGAUUGGAGGGCGCUCGCGGGCCCCGCACGCUACUUAGGCGGAGCAGUGGAGCAGAGCUUGUGCGCGCGACCCCAGCCCGCUGCUUGGUCUUUGGUGCAGCGCUCAGCUGCUCCAUAGCGUUCCGCCGCCUGGGGUGAGCACCCCAAAGAAUGAACGUGCCCUCAACACUGCCCCCCGGGGGCGAGGACACCACCUGGACCCCCGGGACCAACGCCAGCAGCGCUCCGGACGAGGAGGAGGAGGAUGCGGUGCGGUCCGACGGCACGGGGACAGCGGGCAUGGUCACCAUCCAAUGCAUAUAUGCGCUCGUGUGCCUGGUGGGCCUGGUGGGCAACGCCCUGGUCAUCUUCGUGAUACUACGCUAUGCCAAGAUGAAGACAGCCACCAACAUCUACCUGCUCAACCUGGCGGUCGCCGAUGAGCUCUUCAUGCUGAGCGUGCCAUUCGUGGCCUCGGCGGCUGCCCUGCACCACUGGCCCUUCGGGGCGGUGCUGUGUCGCGCAGUGCUUAGCGUGGACGGCCUUAACAUGUUCACCAGUGUCUUUUGCCUCACCGUGCUCAGCGUGGACCGCUAUGUGGCUGUAGUGCACCCUUUGCGCGCCGCCACCUACCGGCGGCCCAGCGUGGCCAAGCUAAUCAACCUGGGAGUGUGGCUAGCAUCCUUGUUGGUCACCCUGCCCAUCGCAGUCUUCGCUGACACCAGGCCGGCUCGCGGGGGUGAGACCGUGGCUUGCAACCUGCACUGGCCUCACCCAGCCUGGUCUGCGGUCUUCGUGAUCUAUACUUUUUUGUUGGGCUUCCUACUCCCGGUUCUGGCCAUCGGUCUAUGCUACCUGCUUAUUGUGGGCAAGAUGCGUGCGGUGGCCCUACGGGCUGGCUGGCAGCAACGGAGGCGCUCAGAGAAGAAGAUCACGAGGCUGGUGCUGAUGGUGGUGACCGUCUUUGUGCUGUGUUGGAUGCCUUUCUAUGUGGUACAGCUUCUGAAUCUGUUUGUCACUAGCCUCGAUGCCACAGUCAACCAUGUGUCCCUCAUCCUCAGCUAUGCCAACAGCUGUGCCAACCCCAUUCUCUAUGGCUUCCUCUCUGACAACUUCCGGCGCUCUUUCCAGAGGGUUCUGUGCCUGCGCUGCUGUCUCCUGGAAACGACUGGAGGGGCUGAGGAAGAGCCCCUGGACUAUUAUGCCACCGCUCUCAAAAGCAGAGGGGGCGCAGGAUGCAUAUGCCCCCCACUGCCCUGCCAGCAGGAGCCCAUGCAAGCAGAACCUGGCUGCAAGCAAGUCCCUUUCACCAAGACUACUACUUUCUGAAAACCAUUUCCACCCUCCCUCAGCUCACCUGCAAAAGGUCUCAUCACCCUCUCAGCCCAGCAACUUCAAGAACAACUCCUGUUUUCAGGAAGCCAGCCCCCCUCAGCAGUCUGUGCUGUCUGUCCUUAGGAGCCUCCGGACUCCUGCUAGCCCCACUCCUAGGACGGGCUCCAGGGACACUUCCAUGGGGGUAGGACUCCUCUGGGAACUGGGUUAGAGUACCAGCCAUUCCUGAACCUCUGGCCGUUUUUCAAGGGGUGAGAAAGAGGAGGUGGUCAGAAAGUAAUGUCUACCCUUGUGUGACUUGUGACAGUGACUGCUUGGAAGAGCCCUGGGAAGGUGAGGUAGGCAGAGCCCCUUCCCCUGCAGCCCCUUUGCUUUAUGGUGGUAGAAUAGUGUACAUGGUGGAACAGGGGACCAUAGGAUACCCCCAAGUGCUUUCCCUGUGUCUGUUAGAGACUCUCGCUGCAACGUGAGAUGUCUAUGCAACAGCUGAGUGGACUUGCUUUGUCACCCUACAAGUGUCUGCCAGUUGUCAAGAGGCCAGUAACAGACUUCCUGUGAAUGCAAAAGGUUUAUAGAAGUAUGAUGUGGGGGUUGCUGCAAAGCAUAAAACUUCUGGUCAGGAAUUAAAAGGCAGAAAGGAUAAAAAUCUCA